AUGAAUGAUAUUUUCAGGGAUCAUUUGCGAAAAUUUAUUUUAGUAUUCUUUGAUGAUAUUUUGAUUUACAGUAAGGAUUAUGCUUCACAUCUGGGGCAUUUGAAGGUUGUUUUGGAUAUUCUCAAACAGAAUCAGCUGGUAAUCAAUAAGAAGAAAUGCACGUUUGGUCAGCUUAAACUUGAAUAUUUGGGUCAUAUCAUCUCCUCUGAAGGAGUGCAGGUUGACCCCUCCAAGAUUGACAGUAUGAUAUCUUGGCCAAGUCCUAGAGAUAUAAAGUCUUUGCGGGGAUUUUUGGGACUCACGGGAUAUUACAAAAAAUUUGUCAAAGAUUAUGGUAAGAUUGUUGCCCCUUUAACUGAUUUACUAAAAAAAGAUGCCUUUUCAUGGGGAGAACGCGCUCAACAAGCUUUUGAGGCAUUGAAGUUGGCUAUGACUCAAGUGCCUGUCUUAUCGAUGCCAAACUUUUCUCAACCCUUUGUAAUUGAAGCUGAUGCUUCGGGAUUUGGUGUUGGUGCAGUUUUGAUGCAAAAUGGUAAGCCUAUUUCCUAUUUCAGUUGA